GCAGUUCUCCGUCACACCGUAUGAUAGCGCUAACAGAGAGGAAACGGGGAAUAUCAAUAACUGGAGGCGUGCAUGGGUUGUGUUUCGAUAUUUGUUCUUAGAGAUUGUCCAGUGCUGUCGUUUGCGCCGUCGUAUAUUUUUGUAAAUGGAAACAUUUUAUAUGAUCGUUUGUUAAUUUAUAGUUUGUGUUAGCGUGCAGCAAAACACACGGAUGUUUAAAUGACGAUGUUCGUUGACAAAUGCCAGAGGGGGAAGUGCAAAGUGCCAGUUGUGAAAAUGUGUUUUUAUCCGACAGCCCGGAAGCUUAGUCGUGAGAUUUACCAACAUAAUUAAUUCCGAAGUGCGAGAAAAUGAGAUGUGGGUGAAUCUAAAGUGACAGGAGACACACGAAGAGGAUAACUCCUCUAAACGGGACCUGUGGGCCUUUCAAUUGGAUUAUUAAACUCAUAUUACAAAGUGAUAUUAUCAAAGGAUAAAUUUAUGACUUUUGGAAGAAAGGAACUUGUAUUUUUGGGAAACAAAUGGUUUACAUGAUCAACUUACAUGAUUGUACUGUAUGUCAUCUUGAAAUGGCGACGCCAUGCACCGUGGAUUCGGUCGCAAUUCCUACGAUGGCAAGAUCGCAGGUCUCUACGACCUGGAAGAGACGCUGGGUCGUGGUCACUUCGCAGUUGUCAAAUUGGCCCGCCAUGUGUUCACUGGAGAGAAAGUUGCUGUGAAAGUAAUUGAUAAAAGCAAGCUGGAUGAAAUAUCUCGGGCACAUCUGUUCCAGGAAGUUCGAUGUAUGAAAUUGGUUCAACAUCCAAAUGUGGUGCGCCUGUAUGAAGUAAUUGAUACUCAGACCAAAUUAUACUUGAUUCUUGAGUUGGGAGAUGGAGGAGAUCUGUAUGAUUACAUAAUGAGACACGAAGGUGGUUUGGGAGAAGAACAAGCUCGAGAAUACUUUCGACAAAUUGUGCGUGCCAUUUCAUACUGUCAUCGGCUGCAUGUUGUUCAUCGAGAUUUAAAGCCAGAAAAUGUUGUCUUCUUUGAACGCCUCGGUAUGGUGAAACUCACGGAUUUUGGAUUUAGUAAUAGAUUCAACCCAGGGCAGAAAUUAGAGACCUCUUGUGGGUCCCUUGCUUACUCAGCCCCUGAGAUAUUAUUGGGCGAUUCAUACGACGCUCCAGCAGUAGAUGUGUGGUCGUUGGGAGUGAUUCUGUACAUGUUAGUCUGUGGUCAAGCACCAUUCCAAGAAGCAAAUGACAGUGAAACACUUACCAUGAUAAUGGACUGUAAAUAUACCAUUCCAGUUCAUGUCUCUGAAGCAUGCAAACGAUUAAUAGCUCGCAUGUUAAUUCGUGAACCUGAGCGCCGAGCAACUCUUGAGGAGAUAGCAGCUGAUCCUUGGUUGGGUGAAGAUCUCAAUGCUGAACCUGCUGACUUUCUGCCUCUUAUAUCCCGUGAACAUGUAUCAGAUGAAGACCAUGCACUUAUAAUACAGAAGAUGGUUAAUGGAAAUAUAGCAAGCAAAGAAGAAAUUUUAGAAGCUUUGGAUAAAAAUGAAUACAACCACAUUACAGCCACAUACUUUCUUCUUGCUGAGAGAAAACUACGAGCACAUCGCCAAGAACAAGCACAGAGAAUACGACAAGGACAAGGAGUUGCUACACCUUCUCCUCUUCAACAAAGCAAACCGCUGGUAAAAGUUGAUAGCAGCCUUAUUCAAGAGUCCAACUCUCCAAAUCUUGUGAAUCAAUCUCAGCUUAAUACAUCAAGAACUCCUGGAGAUGCCCCUCAGAACUACCGUACUCGGAAAUGUAGUAUUGUGCAAGAGGAAGAAGAUGAGGAUGAAAUGAGUGCAUGCUCUGGUCGAGAGGACCUUACUCCCCCUCAUAACUCUCUCAACAGGCGAGGCUCUCGGUCAGAAGGCCGUUUGAACGUUGCCCUGCAGGAGAGGCUGGCUGAAUCGGAGCGAAGAAAAGACAAAUCUCAGCCAGUUCCUUCGCCACCAGCUCAUGCAAUUUCUAGAGGUGCUACAAGAGAUGACAUUGCUACUAGGAAAUCACCUUUGAACACCUUGGACAACAGACCCAGGUCUGCAGUUGAAUCAGCAAGUAUAGUAAAUACUGCAGCAGCAUACAUUCCUGGCAGUACAAAGUGGCGCCCUGUUUCGAAGCAAUCGGUUUCAGUUGUAGCUCAGACAGUGAAUCCAUCCUCUUUACCUCUAGUUAAGAUUUCGUUAGCUCCCGUUACUACUACACCUUCAACUACUACUUCCAUCAUUACAGAAGCUUCAACCAUAUCGAUACCUAUUCACUCCUCAUCAUCUGGUGCUACUCUUCUACCAAAAUAUAAAACUAUGCCUUCCCCUACACGGCCUGUUCAUUCAGUUCUGAGUUCCCCUCAGUUGGCACUGAAUGAAAUUUUUGAGGAAGGUGACGGUAUGACAGCUGAAUCAAUAGGAUCUCGUACAAACUCACGUGCUUUCUUAAGCAGACAGCCAGGGCAUUCACGAGCUGUAGGUUAUGAACAACGUCGGACCAAAUUUCACAAAGCUCGAACAGCAUCUUGUAGUUCCUCAGAUGCUAGUGAUGAUGACAGUGAAAGCCGCAAAAAGAGGGCCCACAAAUUAAGUGGGACAGGGAAGUCUCUGUCUCAAAGGCGAGAUUCUCAUGACGAUUCUAGUGAUUCACAAGAUCCUGGAGGAAGUGGUGGAGGAGCAGGGGGUGGUUCUGGCAGUGGGGGCACACGUGCAGGAACUGCUGAGUGCACAAAGGGCCAAGCUCCGUCUCAUAGUGCAGGUGUUUCAGAAGGCUCAAGGACGUCUUCAGGGAAUAGUGGGAGUGGUGGAAGUAGUCGACGACAGUGUGGUGGAGUGUCGCAGCAAUCACCUCUUGGACGUCAUCAUCGUACUGGUCGAAGGAGACCUGCUGAAACAAGACUAAGAGAAAGCCAGUCAUUAAAUCGCAUCACUGAAGUGCAAGAAGCAGAACAUGCUCCUUCUCAAAUAUGUCAUAAUCAUACAAACAAUGUCAUGAUAGUCACUUCUACAUCAUUAUCUUCAAAUUCCUCUGCUUCUGCAGUUUCAUCUCAUAAAGUGCGUGGUUUUGGUGCUCGCCUGCUUCAGGGCUGGUCCCUUGCAGGUUCAUCAUCUAAAAAAAUUGCAUCAUCAGAAGGAAAGUGUGAUUCGCAUAAUUGUUCUAUUUCUCAAGACAAAACUUCUCGAAGGUUGACAACAGAUCGUUCUGAUGAUACCUCCUCUUUGAGAAUUGCUCACACUCUGAAAGUUGAAAAAGGAAAUAGUUUUAAUUGUAAGAGUGGAGGAUUGAUUGAUAGAUCAGAAAUUCCAUCUGAUUCGCGAAAGGCAGUGAAUGAUAGUUCGAAAACAAUUUCUAUACCACUUUCCAACUGCUGCACAGAAGAGAAAGAGAAUUGUUGUAAAACUAAUACAACAAAGUCCACAGAAAAACAGAAAAGCAGUGGAAGUAAAAAAGGAAGAUUAUUAGGUCGUUAUUUUCAAGUUCAUAAGAAACUCUGUUUGCCUCUUCCUGGUUUAUUUGGUAGAGGUCGACUUUAUAAAGCCCAAUCUUGUGGGUCAAUAGUGCGAGAUCAUGUAGCUCCCCCUUCACCAGCUUCGCUUCUUCUUUGUGGAGAUGAAAGAUGGUGUCCAAUUGCUGGGAAGAUUUCUGGAUCAACUGCAGACCCUAGUGAAGAUAGCAGAAAGAUGGUGAGUAAUAUCUCUGAACGGAAUGAAGAUUGUAAUUUAAAACUCAGACGAGUGUCCAAUGAUACCAAGGCUGAUGGUGUAGUUCCUUUUCAAUCAUCUUGCCUGUGUGUUCGAUUGUGCUACUUCUCUGCUUGUGAGGCUUCAGAUUUCUCUCAGUUUUGUUAAUUCUAAGUUUGGUGGUGAUUUUUUUUCUGCGUAAAAUUGUUAGAAGUGCAUGAAAUUUGGUGUCGUUUGAAUGUAUAUGUAUUUGUAAAUACUUAUCUGGAAUGGUUCUUUUAUUAUAUUGUCAGUGUUGAAAGAUAGCAUUCUGUCUGAUGAAAACUGUAAAUAUUGUUUACUUUCAGUCAUCAGUGGUGUAAAUGAAGCUCUGGGAAUUCCUAAGGAACCUAACAGGAAACACAAAAAAUGGCCAUCAUGGUGAUCACUUCUGUCUCAUAAUUACUGCCAACGUUUAGUCAUCCUCAAAAUCCAACCGGAUAAUUAACUGUGUUAAAAGAGGGUUGUUUGUAAAAUAAUUACCUUUUAAAUAGUAAGUAUAUAACUUGCUGAUCAUCUAAGAAGGUACAACUCUGCAGACAGUGGGAAUUGUAUUUUACUUCAUCACAUCAUGUACAUUGAAAUAAGCUUCAUGUAUUUAUUAAUUGUAUAUAUUAUUUGAUUCAUAUUCAUGAAAGCCCAGUUAUUUUACAUCUGUACAGAUUUUUGUGUGUGUAAAGACUGUUUUUCUUUUCUUAUAUUUUAACUGAUUGUUCAUAAGUCAUUACAUUGCAAAAAUGUAUCAGAUAAUUUUUUUUUUUUUUUUGUUGUUUCUUUUCUUGCAUAUAAAUUUAUUGUGUAAUUUGAGGAAGAUAGGCUCUGAAACACACUUUCUUUUUUUUUAAUUCUUGAGGUCAGCUCAUUUGUGAGCUGGUCCAUUAUGAACAUGAUUGUUCAGAGCAAGGUAUUAUAAAAGUGUAAAGAAAACAGUAGUGGAUUCAGAGCGAAUGGUAAAUUCACAACAUUGUAAGACAGGAGAAAAGUUCCUCAUGUGGAAAUAUAUAUAUAUAUAGAGAGAGAGAGAGAGAUUUUAUGACAAAAAAUACUUUCUGUGCUUAUAUUGAAAGUUUAUAAUAGAUAUGAAUGUCAGUUCGGUGACACUGUAACUGAUUCCAAGUAGACUUAAAUUUCCAAAACUGAAACAAAAAUACUCAAAGAAGGAAAGAGAUGAGUUAAUUCAUUGCAGAUGAUCAGACGUUUGCCUCUGUGGGCUUUUUGUUUCCUGAAUGCCAAAUAAUGUUUUAGUGUAUUUCUUCUAUUUCUUCAUAUUAUUUCAAUUGUCUGUAGAAUAAUAAUAUAUUCUAAAUUACUUUAAGAUGUAAGCCAUAUUUAAGUUAUAACUGCAAAAAUUGUAGGAAUAAUGAUCCAGUCAGCCUUUUUGCAAGUGUACAGUGGUAUAAAUAAAUUUAAAGUUAAAUGUGUUAAAAAUUAUAUAGUAUAUUGACUUACUUCGUUAAAUCUAUUGUACAGCUUUUCUACUAUAAAUAUAUCUUAUAUGUUAAGGUAAGCUAUUGUAGAAUUGAAAAGGUGUGCUACUUAAUUUCCAGAAAAUGGGCCUCUCAUUUUAUUUAUCAACAUAAUAUGUAUGUUUGUUUUCUUUCUUUUAAAAUAUAUUAUCAACAAGAUGUAAAUGUUGUACCACAAUACUUUGAGUUUCGGAUUUUUGUAGAUUUAUGGAGAUCCUAAAAUAACUCAUCUUAUUCACAUUAUUAAAAGAAAAUUUGUAAAAAUUAAUCUGUACCACUGUGCACUUGCUUAAUAAUUUGUUGAAUUUGAGUUCUGGGGCUAUUUUUUAUAUAUGUAUGUGUGUGUAUUGUUUAAAAAACUUGUUGACAUUUUUCAGCAUCUGUCUAGUCAUCCUAACAUAGAGUACAUUUCUCACUAUUUCCUUUAGAUGUCUUAGAAAAAUAUAUUUCAUAGAUUUUUUUUUCUUUCUUUUCUUUUUUUUAUAUAAUUAAUGCUAUACAUUUUUAUAAUUCCUUGGAAUUUUCCUUUAUACCCUCCUGAGAGGAAUAAAAAACAAUUUAAAGAUAAUUGAUAUUAAUGAAAUGGUAUAUGUUUUAAAAACAAUUACUGCUUGGUUUGAUCAUUUGUCUCCAUUUACUUUGUACUGUCUAGUGUUGACUAUUUUUCCACAGAAUUGCAAAGUGUUUAUUUUAAUUUUUAAAGUUUCUUACUUUUUGUUCUAUCCAUCCUAACUUUAUUGAAAUAUUUUGCAAGUCAUACCAUAACAAGAUUAUUGUUCUUUUUCCUUUUCAUGAAAUAAUUGUUUACUGUUCCCACUGGUUCACUUUCUGACUCUGUGGUAAAAUUUCAACAUCCUAGUUGACAUGUGGUGAAGUCAUUUUCUCGUAAAGGUUGUAAGUUAUUAGGAGAGUGAGUUACCUCUAUUAAUUCACAACAAUGAGGUACAUCUUGGAUUCUGAACCAUUAUCUUUGAGUCAAAAUGUGUAUUUCAAUAAUAGAAUUUUAAUAUUCUUACAAGAUUUCUUGAAUUUUUUUAUAAAAUAUUUAUUCAAUUCUCAUUCAUUCUUAUAAGCAAGAAAAUCCCUUGCCCUUGUUUAAUUUAAUUUGUUGAGGAGGCAUAUAUUCAUGUAGUUCAGGAGAUCAUAAUAUUAGUUCAGAAAAAGGUUUUCUCACAGCUGGGUUGAUAAUUGACCUGAUGACCACCCUGACCUUGACCACCUCACAGCUGGGCCAUAAUUGACAUGAUGUUUUAUUUUUCAAAGCAUUGAAAAAUGUUUAAGUAUAAAUCUACAAUAUUGCUAUUGUAGUUUUGUUUGUUUUAAAAUUCAAACUUUAGAAUAAGUAAUGCCAAACGUUACCUUGUUUAAUUUUUAAUGUUGAUCUCUCUUCACUGACACUCACUCUUAAGUUACAUCUAUGUAUGGAAGCGUAAAAUGUUUUGGUAUUCCUUUUUUCAUUAAAAUUACUAUAGUGAAAUUAAUUAUGAAAUACAAUUAUAAGGAUUAUUUUUGGAUUUGUCUGGAUACAUUUCAGUUAACUUCUUCUCUGUGAAAAACCUACUGAAAAGUUUAUAAAAUAUAUUUUUGCUUCUUAUUUCAAUAUAAUUUUUCUAUCAACUUAAAUCACUGCUUUGGGGAGUUGAAUUCAUAUGAAAGUAUCUAAAUUUUACUUUGUUUUGUAUUUCCUGCCUUCCUUCACUCUCUCUCUUUUCCUUCUACUUCUCCUCUCUCUCCCUCCCUCUCUCUGCCUUAUUUAAAAUAUGAUUGUUAUUUUCAUUUGUCAAACACAUUACUGUGAUUUAAAAAUUUCAUUUUGAAUGUGUACAAUGUUUGUUGCUGUCAAAUUAUUGUUUUAUAAUGCAUCAACGUGUGUUCAAGAAAUAAUGAAUCAUAUUUAAGGCUGUUGUGUGGAGUUAAAUGUUCUUAGAAAAUUUGCUGAAACUAACAGUUUGUCUGAAGUUAUUCAAUUUUUACGAAAAAAAAAAAAAAUAAAAUUCAGUGUUGCUUACAACACUGGCAACUUCAUGUGGUGGAAUCACAAAACUCACCUUUCAAAUAAUAAGUGUUUCUAGAGGUGAUUUACUUACUCGGGAGAAAGUGAAUUGUGUUUAAUAUGUUAGGGGUAAUUAAGGACAUUGAUGUACCAGAAAUGUCUUCCAUUGAUUGUUAGAAGUGUUGACUCUUGAUAUCAGUUCUCUUGUGUGUUUAGGCUUUUCAGAAGUAAUGUGUCAUACUUUUGAAUUCAUCCCUUGUUGAUGUAAAUUAACCGUGUCUCAUUUGUUAACCUUCUACAGUUCUCACAGUCUUUUUUUACUUCUGGAUAAUACACAUUGUUUCUUGUCUUUCCUUUUAUUUAUGUUGGGACCAUUUUCAUCAGUCACAUUGUGUAAGUGGUUUUAAAUGUUAUAUAUAUAUUCUGAAUGUCGUGAAUAUUCAGCUCCAUAGUCAUAAAUUACCCUAACUAAACCCUUGCUGUUCUGCAUUUAUGAAUAGCACUGCUUGGUGCUCCAAAUAGCCCAAUGGAAUAAAUUGUAAUUAACAAGUGUUGUAUUUGUGUAUACCAUAAGAACUAACUGUGUAAAUUGCUGAUACAAAAUGUAACUUUAAAUUGAAAAAUGAAGUGUGAAUAUAUAUUUAUUAAUAUGUACAUAUAAAAUUUUAUUAUUAUUGCUUCCAAUUAGGUUCUUCUAUUAUUUUUUUUAAAAUAAGUUUUUGCUCAUUAAUGGUAAUGCGAACUUUUUAAAAAUUUUAAUUCAUUUUUGUUUUAAAUUAUUUAUAGAAAACAUUCGACGUGCAAGUUUUACCAAAAUAUUUUAUCUUGCUUAAUUUUAUUAUUUUUUAGAUUUAUGAAAGAUAAUUUUCUGUAACACUGUUUGUGGCCUUCCAGAACAGUACAAAUAUAAUUUCCAUUAAACCAUAACAAUUGAGGAUUUAUUUUUAGGCAGAAUAUUUCUCUGACUACUGCAGUUUUCACAAUUUGUUUGCUAUAAUUAUGAACCAAAUAUGGUGUAUCAAUCAGUUUAAUAAUAGCAGGAUUGAUAUUGUUUUACAGUUAGGGUAGUUAAGUUGAGUGAUGAGGUGAAUUUUAUUUCUGUAUUUCUUUGAAUACAAUUUGAAUGCUGUGUCUAUUGCAAAUGAGCAUUGUGAACAUUUUUGAGAUUUUCGUAGAAUAGAGUGUUUUUAUACUAAGUGUAAUUCAAUACAGCUGGUCUGGAUAUGUCAGUGAAAAUGAUUGUUGUUGGUUGUGUCAUUCCCCAACUCCCGAAUUUAACUGUGUAGAUGAAUGUGCAUAGUUAAUAUAAAGUACUGUUGUUUAUGAUCUGCUCAGUUACUGAAAAGGUAGAUAUUUUGGUUAGUCUAGUAUUCCCUUACAAAUUAAAAUACAUGAAAUACCAUUUCAUAUUGUUUUGUUGUUAUAGAAUUAAUAAUAAUGAAGUAAGUGUUUUUAUUGGAAAAUGAAUUGAAAUUGCUUAUCUGUUAAUAAGGAAAUUUCAGAAUAGGAAGCAAAAUUAUUCCGUUCUCUUUCUACCUUCUCAAAGUAAUGUCAAACCAAGCAUCUAAAAGAAACAUGGCUUGGAAAGAAGAUUAUAAAUUCUUAAAUUCAAUUGAAAUAUCUGUAUUAUUAUUCCAUGAACAAUGUUAAUUCAAAAUAAUGAGGAGAAUUUUACUUUAAAUUACCUGCUUAUAUAAUACAAUUACCAUGUAUGUAGAAAUGCUUUCAGAAAAGAAAAGUGAAAUAUUAACUCUUAGCAUAUAUCUCCUCUUGUAUUUAUUAUUUCUAAGUAAGGCUCCAAUAUUUCAUUUAUUUGUAUCAAAGUGUUCCACUCGAUUAACAUAGUAUUAAAAUAGACUGACUAAUCUAACUAAAUUUCUGGGGACAAUUAAUUUUAUGAAUCAUUGUGACGCUCAUAAAAGGUUUGUUUUGUAGUUGUUUUUUCUCUUUCUUUUUUUUUUUUUUUCUUUCUUUCUUUCUUUCUUUCUUUCUUUCUUUCUUUCUAAAGACAUACUGAGUUCAAUGUUGAAUUAAUCAGACAAUGAAAUUUGUUCUAAAAACUUUGAUUGAUCAUGUUCCAUUAUAGUUCAAUUGGGGAAGGUGAGUUAUUGAAAAGGUUUGUACACUUCAAAAAUACGUCUCAUUUGAAGACUUAAAUUGACGUGAAAAAAUACUCAAAAAAACUCUUUGAACUGAGAAGAAAGUACCAAACGUUUUUAAGCAUCUCAAGUGGUGGCUACAGUAUCACUUCCUUUUCUAAUGUACUUAAUGCAUAUAAAUAAUUUAUAUUUUAUUAAUAAUUUUGGCUGAUGAUUUCUGAUUUUUCUAAGGGAGUAUAGAGGGCAGUGUCCAUAGUGUGUAUGUGCACCUGAGAGGGCUGUCAAAUUCGGUUACAAAAUUGUAUGAACAGGGAGAAGUAAAAAAAAA